AUGACAAGGUAUAAGGGCAUCAAUGCUCUCUAUAAACCCCUGUCUACCUCACCAAGCAAAAGCUUCGAUGGAGCAUCCUCCCCACAGGAAAUCCGUAUUCUUCCGGCUGUUAUCGGCAUCCUGAAGGGCGCCAAAUUUAGGGCGCAUGUUGUGGAAGAUUUUGGCCCUCGGGUUGUUAUGGGAGAAGCUCUAUGGAACAAUCCCAGUGUCGACUAUGACCGCAAACAGCCCUCCCGCCAUUCAAGGCGGUAUCUUGAGCAGUCAAUCGACCAUCCAGAGAUAUAUGCUCAUAUGCCGCCUGGACCGUACAAAGAUGUCGAAGAGUUCGAAGCCAAAUAUAUUCAAGGCACAGUCUACAGCGAUAAGACCAAGACGGUUUUUGCCAUUAUAGAUAGAACCAAAGCUGGGUUGGAGGAGGAUGGCGGCGCUCUCGCUGGAAUCGUGUCCUACACUAAUGCUUCUGUGGCCAACCAGCUGCUUGAAAUCGCAUUUUUGGUAGUGUUGCCUGCCUUUCAGCGUACUCAUGUAACAACCCAUGCGGUGGGACUGUUGCUGCAGUAUGCGCUCGAUGCCCCAGACUGUAAUGAUCCCCAAAAGGGAGGGUUGGGCCUGCGUAAAGUGCUAUGGCAGACUGGCACGACAAAUGCAGCCUCCCGGGCGACGGCCAAGAAGAUGGGGUUUGAGCAGGAAGGGAUCCUGCGGUGGGAUCGAGUGUACUAUGACGCUGUGCCAAUGAAGAAAGAAAGCAAUGGAAGGCGGAUGCCUGAGCAUGGGGAUGAGAGACAUUUGGGCAGAGAUACAGUGUUCUUCGGGCUGUGCUGGGAUGAAUGGCAUGAUGGGAAAAAGCAGAUGGUACAACAGCGGAUGGAACACUUUUUGCAAUGA